AAAAAAAAAAACAGUGCAGCUAAUAUUAGCACAGCUAGCUAUGCAUUAAAGAUAGAAACCAUGGUCAAAGAGAAAUUCUGUGCCAUGCUAUUGCGUAGGCUUACUUGACCGUUUGCUGCUUCACUUUUGUCGUGUUUGUAAUUGUUAGAUAAGAAAUAGCAGAGCCGUUGAAUAUACUUUGCAUGGCCAGUUAGCUGAAAUGUCCUUCUCAGUCUUGUUGUAGCUCCAUUUAUCUAAUGAAAGCGCCUUGCAAUCAUGACGCUUCCAACUUUGCAGAACACCAGUGUGCUCUAUAGAAGAAUACUGUCGCAGUUCCCUCAAGACAUCAGCCUCGCAUUUGCCUAUGGAUCUGGCGUAUUUAAACAAAAUGGAACUAGCCAAGGUCAAAUGGGGGUAAGUGAUGAGACAUUAAUAUAUUUUUUUAGUACUAUCUGCAUGGCAUUAGACGAAAGUAUACAGACAUCGGCAGUAGGCUAAAAAGCCUGGGUGACAGUCUGCUCACUUGCCAACUUAGGGAACCGUCUGUCAUGCCAAACUUUGUAAGAGGACAGCAUGCACGACUAGCAAGAGCGCAGAAAUACACUAUAUGUAUAUAUGUGUAUAUGUGGACACCCCUUCAAAUGAGUGGAUUCGGCUAUUUCAGCCACAUCCGUUGCUGACAGGUGUAUAAAUCGAGCACACAGCCAUACAAUAUCCAUAGACAAACAUUAGCAGUAGAAUGGCUUUGUUGAAGAGCUCAGUGACUUUUAACGUGGCACCGUCAUAGGAUGCCACCUUUCCAGCAAGUCAGUUUGUCAAAUUUCUGGCCUGCUAGAGCUGCCCCGGUCAACUGUUAGUGCUGUUAUUGUGACGUGGCAACGUCUAGGAGCAUCAACGGCUCAGCUGCUAAGUGGUAGGCCACACAAGCUCUCAGAACGGGACCACUGAGUGUUGAAGCGCGUGGGGGGUAAAAUUGUCUGUCCUCGGUUGCAACACUCACUACCGAGUUCCAAACUGCGUCUGGAAAGCCUAAGAUCACAAUGCGCGAUGCCAAGCGUCGGCUGCAGUGGUGUAAAGCUCGCCGCCAUUGGACUCUGGAGCAGUGGAAACGCGUUUUCUGUAGUGAUGGAUCAGGCUUCACCAUCUGGCAGUCCGACAGAUUAAUCUGGGUUUGGUGGAUGCCAGGAGAACGCUACCUGCCCCAAUGCAUAGUGCCAAAUGUGAAGUUUGGUGGAGGAGGAAUUAUGGUCUGGGGCUGUUUUUCAUGGUUCGGGCCCCUUACUUCCAGUGAAGGGAAAUCUUAACGCUACAGCAUACAAUGACAUUCUAGACGAUUCUGGGCUUCCAAUAUUAUGGCAACAGUUUGGGGAAGGCACUUUCCUGUUUCAGCAUGACAAUGCCCCUGUGUACAAAGCGAGGUCCAUACAGAAAUGGUUUGUCGAAAUCAGUAUGGAAGAACUUGACUGGCCUGCACAGAGCCCUGACCUCAACCCCAUCGAACACCUUUGGUAUGAAUUGGAACGCAGACUGCGAGCCAGGCCUAAUCGCCCAACAUCAGUGCCCGACCUCACUAAUUCUCUUGUGGCUGAAUGGAAGCAAGUCCCUGCAGCAAUUUUCCAACAUCUAGUGGAAAGCCUUCCCAGAAGAGUGGAGGCUGUUAUUAGCAGCAAAGGGGGGGACCAACUCCAUAUUAAUGCCAACGAUUUUGGAAUGAGAUGUUCGACGAGCAGGUGUCCACAUACUUUUGGUCAUGUAGUGUAGAUAUCGAUACCGCAGUUGUUGAAAUAAAACAAUGUGUAACAUGACACUGAUCAUGCAAUCAAUGAAUGUAACUGACAAGAACAUCUCUUCUCUCCCCCCCCCCCCCCCCCCCCCCCCCAGAAAAACAUGCUGGAUUUUGUGUUCACUGUAGACGAUCCAGUCACCUGGCAUACCAUGAACCUGAUGCAGAACAGAAGACAUUACUCUGUAUUAAAGUUCCUGGGUCCUAGGAAGAUCAGCCGGAUACAGGACGAACAUGGGGCUGGGGUGUACUACAACACCUUGGUACCUGUGGAUGGAAGGGUAAGUGUUUGUGUUUGGGUGUUCUGGGUACUCCCUCCACGUCAGCAAGAACAAGGAGCUGAUCGUGGACUACAGGAAAACGGGGCGGGGCGGGGGCGGGGGGGGGGGGCGAGCACGCCCCCAUCCACAUCGACGGGGCUGCAGGGGAGCGGGUCGAGAUCUUCCAAGUUACCUCGGACACCGAAGACUUAAAAUGGUCCAAUCACACGCGCUCGUGAAGGAGGAGCGACAGAGCCUCUUUUCCCUCUCAGGAGGUUGAAAAAGUUUGGCAUGGGCCCCUCAAAUCCUCAGCUGUACCAUUUUGAGAGCAUUUUGACUGGCUGCAUCACUGCCUGGUAUGGCAAUAGCACCACCCUGUCUGCAGGGCCGAGUGUCUGCAGGGCCGAGUGUCUGCAGGGCCGAGUGUCUGCAGGUGUUCUCUCCUCCCUUCUACUUGUUUGAUGAAUUAAACACACUGACCCUCACCUGGUUGUCUAGGUCUUAAUUGAAAGGAAAAACCAAAAACCAGCAGACAGUAGGCCCUUCAUAGAAUGAGUUUGACACCACUGGUUUUAGGGUCACUACAAUAUUAAUCUUGUUCCCAGACUCACUUCCACCCAGAUGCGCAGAGAGUCUGGUGGACCAGUGCGUCAAACCUGGCCUUCGUUAGCCAAUAAGAAAGACGUGAGAAACUCCCGGCGCGAUAGGCAUUGGCUUAAUCGUCUUAAAUCUACCAACCAAUCAUCUCCCACAACACCUUCCCCCCGUGUGUCUUGGGCACCUCUGUUUACGUUCAGCAGAUGAGCUGACUCCAUACUGCUCUGACUCGGGGCAGAACAGGCAGUUGCUGCUUCAUUAAAACUCGUUCCGUAGCUAUGUUUCCAUCCAAUUGGCAACUGAUUUUCGUGUGAAUAUUCUAAAAUCUGCAGAACAACAACAAUAUGUGGUUAGAUUCCCAGGUACCGAAUAAAACAUACAAGUUAAAUGGGUUUCCAUCACAAGUUUUGCGUUAUACGGUACAGCGAAUGUGUGUCCACUGUGGUCUUGGCACGUGCUCUCUAUAGACGCUAUAGAACAGCUCUCAGAUACAGUGCGGGUUAGCCUAAAUGAUGACAUUAUAUCCUACAUGAUGACGGUAUAGCCUACAUGAUGACGGUAUAGCCUACAUGAUGACUAAGCCACAUGAUGACGGAAUAGCCUACUGAUGACGGUUAUCCACAUGUGACGUUAUACCUACAUGAUGACGGAUAUAGCCUACAUGAUGACAGGUUAUAGCAUACAUGAUGACGGUAUGCCUACAUGAUACGUAUAGCCCUACAUGAUGACGGAUAGAAGCCUACAUGAUGCGGUAUAGCCUACAUGAUGACUAUAGCCUACAUGAGUGACCGUAAUAGCCUACAUGAUGACGGUAUAGCCUACAUGAUGACGGUAUACCUACAUGAUGACAUUAUAGCCUACAUGAUGACUGGUAUAGCCUACAUGAUGACGGUAUAGACCUACAUGAUGACGUAUAGCCUACAUGAUGACGGUAUAGCCUACAUGAUGACGGUAUAGCCUACAUGAUGACGGUAUAGCCUACAUGAUGACGGUAUAGCCUACAUGAUGACGGUAUAGCCUACAUGAUGACAUUAUAGCCUACAUGAUGACGGUAUAUCCUACAUGAUGACGGUAUAGCCUACAUGAUGACGGUAUAGCCUACAUGAUGACGGUAUAGCCUACAUGAUGACGGUAUAGCCUACAUGAUGACGGUAUAGCCUACAUGAUGACGUUAUAGCCUACAUGAUGACGGUAUAGCCUACAUGAUGACGGUAUAGCCUACAUGAUGACAGUAUAGCCUACAUGAUGACGGUAUAGCCUACAUGAUGACGGUAUAGCCUACAUGAUGACGGUAUAGCCUACAUGAUGACGGUAUAGCCUACAUGAUGACGGUAUAGCCUACAUGAUGACAUUAUAGCCUACAUGAUGACGGUAUAGUCCUACAUGAUGACGGUAUAGCCUACAUGAUGACAUUAUAGCCUACAUGAUGACGGUAUAGCCUACAUGAUGACGGUAUAGCCUACAUGAUGACGUAUAGCCUACAUGAUGACGGUAUAGCCUACAUGAUGACGGUAUAGCCUACAUGAUGACGGUAUAGCCUACAUGAUGACAGUAUAGCCUACAUGAUGACGGUAUAGCCUACAUGAUGACGUAUAGCCUACAUGAUGACGGUAUAGCCUACAUGAUGACGGUAUAGCCUACAUGAUGACGUUAUAGCCUACAUGAUGACGGUAUAGCCUACAUGAUGACGGUAUAGCCUACAUGAUGACGGUUAUAGCCUACAUGAUGACGGUAUAGCCUACAUGAUGACAUAUAGCCUACAUGAUGACGGUAUAGCCUACAUGAUGAGGUACAUUAUAGCCUACAUGAUGACAUGUGACGUAUAGCCUACAUGAUGACGGUAUAGCCUACAUGAUGACGGUAUACCUACAUGAUGACGGUUAUAUCCUACAUGAUGACGGUAUAGCCUACAUGAUGACAUUAUAGCCUACAUGAUGACGGGUAUAGCCUACAUGAUGACAUAUGCCUACCUGAUGACGGUAUAGCCUACAUGAUGACGGUAUAGCCUACAUGAUGACGGUAUAGCCUACAUGAUGACGGUAUAGCCCACAGAUGACGGUAUAGCCUACAUGAUGACGGUCUAGCCUACAUGAUGACAUUAUAGCACUACAUGGAUGAGGUAUAGCCUACAUGAUGAAGGUAUAGCCUCAUGACUGACAUUAUAGCCUACAUGAUGACGGUAUAGCCUACAUGAUGACGUAUAGCCUACAUGAUGACAUAUAAGCCUACAUGAGGACGGUAUAGCCUACAUGAUGACGUAUAGCCUACAUGAUGACAUUAUAGCCUACAUGAUGACAUUAUAGCCUACAUGAUGACAGGUAUAGCCUACAUGAUGACGUUAGCCUACAUGAUGACGGUAUAGCCUACAUGAUGACGGUAUAGCCUACAUGAUGACGGUAUAGCCUACAUGAUUACAUUAUAGCCUACAUGAUGACGGUAUAGCCUACAUGAUGACAUUAUAGCCUACAUGAUGACGGUAUAGCCUACAUGAUGACGGUAUAGCCUACAUGAUGACGGUAUAGCCUACAUGAUGACGGUAUAUCCUACAUGAUGACGGUAUAGCCUAUAACAUGUAUAGCUACAUGAUGACAUAUGCCUACAUGAUGACGGUAUAGCCUACAUGAUGACGGUAUAAGUCCUACAUGAUGACGGUUAUAGCUACAUGAUGACAUUAUAGCCUACAUGAUGACGGUAUAGCCUACAUGAUGACGGUAUAGCCUACAUGAUGACGGUAUAGUCUAACAUAUGUACAUAUGAUAGCCUACAUGAUGACGGUAUAGCCUACAUGAUGACAUUAUAGCCUACAUGAUGACGGUAUAGCCUACAUGAUGACAGUAUAGCCUACAUGAUGACGGUAUAGCCUACAUGAUGACGGUAUAGCCUACAUGAUGACGGUAUAGCCUACAUGAUGACGGUAUAGCCUACAUGAUGACAUUAUAGCCUACAUGAUGACGGUAUAGCCUACAUGAUGACGGUAUAGCUACAUGAUGACGGUAUAGCCUACAUGAUGACGGUAUAGCCUACAUGAUGACAUUAUAGCCUACAUGAUACAUAUAGCCUACAUGAUGACAGUAUAGCCUACAUGAUGUAAGCCUACAUAUGACGGUAUGCCUACAUGAACGUAUAGCCUACAUGAUGACGGUAUAUAGCCUACAUGAUGACGGUAUAGCCUACAUGAUGACAUAUAGCCUACAUGAUGACAUUAUAGCCUACAUGAUGACGGUAUAGCCUACAUGAUGACGGUAUAGCCUACAUGAUGACAUUAUAGCCUACAUGAUGACUUAUAGCCUACAUGAUGACGGUAUAGCCUACAUGAUGACGGUAUAGCCUACAUGAUGACAUUAUAGCCUACAUGAUGACGGUAUAGCCUACAUGAUGACAUUAUAGCCUACAUGAUGACGGUAUAGCCUACAUGAUGACGGUAUAGCCUACAUGAUGACGGUAUAGCCUACAUGAUGACGGUAUAGCUACAUGAUUACGGUCAUAUGUCUACAUGAUGACAUUAUAGCUCAUAGACAUAGCUCAUGAUGACGGUAUAGCCUACAUGAUGACGGUAUAGCCUACAUGAUGACGGUAUAGCCUACAUGAUGACGGUAUAGCUACAUGAUGACGGUAUAGCCUACAUGAUGACGUAUGGCCUACAUGAUGACUUAUAGCCUACAUGAUGACAGUAUAGCCUACAUGAUGACGGUAUAAGCCUACAUGAUGACUGUAUAUCCUACAUGAUGACGGUAUAGAGCUACAUGAUGACGGUAUAGCCUACAUGAUGACGGUAUAGCCUACAUGAUGACGGUAUAGCCUACAUGAUGACGUAUAGCCUACAUGAUGACGGUAUAGCCUACAUGAUGACGGUAUAGCCUACAUGAUGACAGUAUAGCCUACAUGAUGACGUAUAGCCUACAUGAUGACGGUAUAGCUACAUGAUGACGUAUAGCCUACAUGAGACGGUAUAAGCCUACAUGAUGACGGUAUAGCCUACAUGAUGACGGUAUAGCUACAUGAUGACGGUAUAGCCUACAUGAUGACGUAUAGCCUACAUAUGACGGUAUAGCCUACAUGAUGACGGUAUAGCCUACUGAUGACGGUUAUCCUAAUGGUAUACGGUAGCUAUGAUGACAUUAUAGCCUACGUGAUGACAAAAGAGCGAUAUUAUUUUUAUUUGUCAAACGACAGUCAAGCAUCGAUCAUCAUGUCACCAGAAUAAGACCCUCUAUUUAUUGUAAAGCAGUAUCAAGAUAACUACACUUUCACCACCCUGUGACGUUCAUCAUAACUUAUUUCAUCUGUAGCCUAAUAAACUGCAUGGUUUCCUGAGUCGUAGUGCCACACACCAUAUCAUCGGGUGACUCCAAGUUUACUUCAAUAUUUUUAUUUAAUCUUUAUUUUAACAGGGAAAAACAGACUGAGACCUGGAUCUCUUUUACGGCUGUGCCCUGUGUAAACAUGUUGACAUGUACAGUUUUAAUAAUAAUAAUAUGCCAUUUAUCAGACGCUUUUAUCCAAAGCGACUUACAGUCAUGUGUGCAUACAUUUUUACGUAUGGGUGGUCCCGGGGAUCGAACCCACUACCCUGGCGUUACAAGCGCCGUGCUCUACCAAUUGAGCUACAGAGGACCACAUAUUUUAGACAUACAGACAAGAACAUUUCAAACAUACAAAAACAAAAAACACAAUUCAACAGAAACAAUCACAGACAACAUCAUAUUGAUCCUCCAUAACAUUUUUAAAAUGGGCAAGGGACACCAGAGUGUCUAACUUAAGUUGGAUCUGCAGUUUGUUCCAUAAAUAAGGUGCAAAGGAACUGAUGGCAGUCCUACCCAACUCUGUGGAGACCACAGGAGUCUCUAAGGUAAUCCACAUCUGUGAUCUGGUUUUAAAAUUAGUAUAUCUAGUGGAAAUUAAUGAUGAUAUAUAUGGAGGUAGUUUUAGAAGAAGUGCUUUAUAAAUAAACAAGAGAGCAUGUUGCUCUCGCCUCACAGAUGGAGAGGCCCAACCCACAUGUUGAUAUAGGAAACAGUGAUAUGAUUGUUAUUAGAUCGAUAUUUGCGCGUAAAAGCGUUUCCACCGCCAUUUCUCUCAUAAUACAUUUUACAGACACAAAAAGAUCCCACCGUGUCUAGCGUGUUUUGUUUUGUCGACGUUUGGAAAGUUCACCGACAAAUGUUCUGUUUCCAUCAGGCCUGUCCUGACACUGUUUAUCUGACGUACUUUACUUGCGUUUAAAAGGUUGGUGUGAUAAAAUAAUGUUACUACAGUAGGAAGGAACAUUGCGUUUAUUGUAGCACAAACUGGUUAGCUUCUCUUUGGUUUCAUAUGAAGUGGCUGGCUCAGGCUUAGAGAUAUAAUGGAGAAGUGUUGGUGUACAUUAUCAAACGUCAGAAAUACCGCUCCUUCAACCACUAAACUCCUUAGCUAGAUGUACAAUUGCUCGGGCAAAACGUCAAAAUUACAGAUUUCUUGAGUUAUGUUGACUUAUUCUGACAAGUUGAGGGUGUAGUGUUGUUGCUAGGUAACAUGCUGAGAUUCAUGGGGAGAAGCUGCCAAGGGAACCGAUUGGCUAAAAUUAAAUUAUGACAAAUACUUUGGCCAGUAGGUCACUCCCAUAGAAUUAUAUUGUCACUCCCACUAAGGCCAAUUUAGAAUGAUUGAUGUCCCAGGCUUAUAUGCGCUGUGUGCAAUCGUCUGGGGACAAAGUUUCUACAAUAUAGAAAAACAAGUAAACUUGUAGAGAGCUUAGUUAAAAAAACCUGUCGACGUGCUCUUGAGCAAGGCACUUAAGCCUGAUUUUCUCCAGGGGUGCCGUACUACUUUUUAAAAAAUCUGCUUGUUCUCUUCUAUAACCUAAAGGUUUUUCUCUCUUGACAGAUAAUUAAGUAUGGCGUGAUCAGUACUGACUCUCUGAUUGAUGACCUGCUCCACUGGAAGACCAUGUAUAUUGCUGGCAGACUGCACAAACCGGUGAGUGUUAGUCCCCGUAGCAGAGGUGACUGUUAGUCCCCGUAGCAGAGGUGACUGUUAGUCCCCGUAGCAGAGGUGACUGUUAGUCCCCGUAGCAGAGGUGACUGUUAGUCCCCGUAGCAGAGGUGACUGUUAGUCCCCGUAGCAGAGGUGACUGUUAGUCCCCGUAGCAGAGGUGACUGUUAGUCCCCGUAGCAGAGGUGACUGUUAGUCCCCGUAGCAGAGGUGACUGUUAGUCCCCGUAGCAGAGGUGACUGUUAGUCCCCGUAGCAGAGGUGACUGUUAGUCUCCGUAGCAGAGGUGACUGUUAGUCUCCGUAGCAGAGGUGACUGUUAGUCCCCGUAGCAGAGGUGACUAUACAUAGGACAGAGAUUGUGUAUAUAUAAAACACAUUAUGUCAGUAAUGCAAUUACAGAUAUAACCAUGUGAUGGCAGUAUAAGUUUAGUUACAUAUCAGUCAUGCACCAUGGUUUUGGUACCUGACUGUUAUUGUUGUGUAAGUGAAGAUCCUAGUGCAGGGUGAGAACAGGAAGCUGACUAUGUUGUUGUUGUGUAGGUGAAGAUCCUAGUGCAGGGUGAGAACAGGAAGCUGACUAUGUUGUUGUUGUGUAGGUGAAGAUCCUAGUGCAGGGUGAGAACAGGAAGCUGACUAUGUUGUUGUUGUGUAGGUGAAGAUCCUAGUGCAGGGUGAGAACAGGAAGCUGACUAUGUUGUUGUGUAGGUGAAGAUCCUAGUGCAGGGUGAGAACAGGAAGCUGACUAUGUUGUUGUUGUGUAGGUGAAGAUCCUAGUGCAGGGUGAGAACAGGAAGCUGACUAUGUUAUUGUUGUGUAGGUGAAGAUCCUAGUGCAGGGUGAGAACAGGAAGCUGACUAUGUUGUUGUGUAGGUGAAGAUCCUAGUGCAGGGUGAGAACAGGAAGCUGACUAUGUUGUUGUGUAGGUGAAGAUCCUAGUGCAGGGUGAGAACAGGAAGCUGACUAUGUUGUUGUUGUGUAGGUGAAGAUCCUAGUGCAGGGUGAGAACAGGAAGCUGACUAUGUUAUUGUUGUGUAGGUGAAGAUCCUAGUUCAGGGUGAGAACAGGAAGCUGACUAUGUUGUUGUUGUGUAGGUGAAGAUCCUAGUGCAGGGUGAGAACAGGAAGCUGACUAUGUUGUUGUGUAGGUGAAGAUCCUAGUGCAGGGUGAGAACAGGAAGCUGACUAUGUUGUUGUUGUGUAGGUGAAGAUCCUAGUGCAGGGUGAGAACAGGAAGCUGACUAUGUUGUUGUGUAGGUGAAGAUCCUAGUGCAGGGUGAGAACAGGAAGCUGACUAUGUUGUUGUUGUGUAGGUGAAGAUCCUAGUGCAGGGUGAGAACAGGAAGCUGACUAUGUUGUUGUGUAGGUGAAGAUCCUAGUGCAGGGUGAGAACAGGAAGCUGACUAUGUUGUUAUUGUUGUGUAGGUGAAGAUCCUAGUGCAGGGUGAGAACAGGAAGCUGACUAUGUUGUUGUUGUGUAGGUGAAGAUCCUAGUGCAGGGUGAGAACAGGAAGCUGACUAUGUUGUUGUUGUGUAGGUGAAGAUCCUAGUGCAGGGUGAGAACAGGAAGCUGACUAUGUUGUUGUUGUGUAGGUGAAGAUCCUAGUGCAGGGUGAGAACAGGAAGCUGACUAUGUUGUUGUGUAGGUGAAGAUCCUAGUUCAGGGUGAGAACAGGAAGCUGACUAUGUUGUUGUUGUGUAGGUGAAGAUCCUAGUGCAGGGUGAGAACAGGAAGCUGACUAUGUUGUUGUUGUGUAGGUGAAGAUCCUAGUGCAGGGUGAGAACAGGAAGCUGACUAUGUUGUUGUUGUGUAGGUGAAGAUCCUAGUGCAGGGUGAGAACAGGAAGCUGACUAUGUUGUUGUUGUGUAGGUGAAGAUCCUAGUGCAGGGUGAGAACAGGAAGCUGACUAUGUUGUUGUUGUGUAGGUGAAGAUCCUAGUGCAGGGUGAGAACAGGAAGCUGACUAUGUUGUUGUUGUGUAGGUGAAGAUCCUAGUUCAGGGUGAGAACAGGAAGCUGACUGUUGUUGUUGUGUAGGUGAAGAUCCUAGUGCAGGGUGAGAACAGGAAGCUGACUGUUGUUGUUGUGUAGGUGAAGAUCCUAGUGCAGGGUGAGAACAGGAAGCUGACUAUGUUGUUGUUGUGUAGGUGAAGAUCCUAGUGCAGGGUGAGAACAGGAAGCUGACUAUGUUGUUGUGUAGGUGAAGAUCCUAGUGCAGGGUGAGAACAGGAAGCUGACUAUGUUAUUGUUGUGUAGGUGAAGAUCCUAGUGCAGGGUGAGAACAAGAAGCUGACUAUGUUGUUGUUGUGUAGGUGAAGAUCCUAGUUCAGGGUGAGAACAGGAAGCUGACUAUGUUGUGUAGGUGAAGAUCCUAGUGCAGGGUGAGAACAGGAAGCUGACUAUGUUGUUGUUGUGUAGGUGAAGAUCCUAGUGCAGGGUGAGAACAGGAAGCUGACUAUGUUGUUGUUGUUGUGUAGGUGAAGAUCCUAGUGCAGGGUGAGAACAGGAAGCUGACUAUGUUGUUGUGUAGGUGAAGAUCCUAGUGCAGGGUGAGAACAGGAAGCUGACUAUGUUGUUGUGUAGGUGAAGAUCCUAGUGCAGGGUGAGAACAGGAAGCUGACUAUGUUGUUGUGUAGGUGAAGAUCCUAGUGCAGGGUGAGAACAGGAAGCUGACUAUGUUGUUGUGUAGGUGAAGAUCCUAGUGCAGGGUGAGAACAGGAAGCUGACUAUGUUGUUGUUGUGUAGGUGAAGAUCCUAGUGCAGGGUGAGAACAGGAAGCUGACUAUGUUAUUGUUGUGUAGGUGAAGUUCCUAGUGCAGGGUGAGAACAGGAAGCUGACUAUGUUGUUGUGUAGGUGAAGAUCCUAGUGCAGGGUGAGAACAGGAAGCUGACUAUGUUGUUGUUGUGUAGGUGAAGAUCCUAGUGCAGGGUGAGAACAGGAAGCUGACUAUGUUGUUGUUGUGUAGGUGAAGAUCCUAGUUCAGGGUGAGAACAGGAAGCUGACUAUGUUGUUGUUGUGUAGGUGAAGAUCCUAGUUCAGGGUGAGAACAGGAAGCUGACUAUGUUGUUGUUGUGUAGGUGAAGAUCCUAGUUCAGGGUGAGAACAGGAAGCUGACUAUGUUGUUGUUGUGUAGGUGAAGAUCCUAGUGCAGGGUGAGAACAGGAAGCUGACUAUGUUGUUGUUGUGUAGGUGAAGAUCCUAGUUCAGGGUGAGAACAGGAAGCUGACUGUUGUUGUUGUGUAGGUGAAGAUCCUAGUGCGGGGUGAGAACAGGAAGCUGACUGUUGUUGUUGUGUAGGUGAAGAUCCUAGUGCAGGGUGAGAACAGGAAGCUGACUAUGUUGUUGUUGUGUAGGUGAAGAUCCUAGUGCAGGGUGAGAACAGGAAGCUGACUAUGUUGUUGUUGUGUAGGUGAAGAUCCUAGUUCAGGGUGAGAACAGGAAGCUGACUGUUGUUGUUGUGUAGGUGAAGAUCCUAGUGCAGGGUGAGAACAGGAAGCUGACUGUUGUUGUUGUGUAGGUGAAGAUCCUAGUGCAGGGUGAGAACAGGAAGCUGACUAUGUUGUUGUUGUGUAGGUGAAGAUCCUAGUGCAGGGUGAGAACAGGAAGCUGACUAUGUUGUUGUGUAGGUGAAGAUCCUAGUGCAGGGUGAGAACAGGAAGCUGACUAUGUUGUUGUUGUUGUGUAGGUGAAGAUCCUAGUGCAGGGUGAGAACAGGAAGCUGACUAUGUUAUUGUUGUGUAGGUGAAGAUCCUAGUGCAGGGUGAGAACAGGAAGCUGACUAUGUUAUUGUUGUGUAGGUGAAGAUCCUAGUGCAGGGUGAGAACAGGAAGCUGACUAUGUUGUUGUUGUGUAGGUGAAGAUCCUAGUUCAGGGUGAGAACAGGAAGCUGACUAUGUUGUGUAGGUGAAGAUCCUAGUGCAGGGUGAGAACAGGAAGCUGACUAUGUUGUUGUUGUGUAGGUGAAGAUCCUAGUGCAGGGUGAGAACAGGAAGCUGACUAUGUUGUUGUUGUGUAGGUGAAGAUCCUAGUGCAGGGUGAGAACAGGAAGCUGACUAUGUUGUUGUGUAGGUGAAGAUCCUAGUGCAGGGUGAGAACAGGAAGCUGACUAUGUUGUUGUGUAGGUGAAGAUCCUAGUGCAGGAUGAGAACAGGAAGCUGACUAUGUUGUUGUGUAGGUGAAGAUCCUAGUGCAGGGUGAGAACAGGAAGCUGACUAUGUUGUUGUUGUGUAGGUGAAGAUCCUAGUGCAGGGUGAGAACAGGAAGCUGACUAUGCUGUUGUUGUGUAGGUGAAGAUCCUAGUGCAGGGUGAGAACAGGAAGCUGACUAUGUUGUUGUUGUUGUGUAGGUGAAGAUCCUAGUUCAGGGUGAGAACAGGAAGCUGACUAUGUUGUUGUUGUUGUGUAGGUGAAGAUCCUAGUGCAGGGUGAGAACAGGAAGCUGAGUAUGUUGUUGUGUAGGUGAAAAUCCUAGUGCAGGGUGAGAACAGGAAGCUGACUAUGUUGUUGUUGUGUAGGUGAAGAUCCUAGUGCAGGGUGAGAACAGGAAGCUGACUAUGUUGUUGUUGUUGUGUAGGUGAAGAUCCUAGUGCAGGGUGAGAACAGGAAGCUGACUAUGUUGUUGUUGUGUAGGUGAAGAUCCUAGUGCAGGGUGAGAACAGGAAGCUGACUAUGUUGUUGUUGUGUAGGUGAAAAUCCUAGUGCAGGGUGAGAACAGGAAGCUGACUAUGUUGUUGUUGUGUAGGUGAAGAUCCUAGUGCAGGGUGAGAACAGGAAGCUGACUAUGUUGUUGUUGUGUAGGUGAAGAUCCUAGUGCAGGGUGAGAACAGGAAGCUGACUAUGUUGUUGUUGUGUAGGUGAAGAUCCUAGUGCAGGGUGAGAACAGGAAGCUGACUAUGUUGUUGUUGUGUAGGUGAAGAUCCUAGUGCAGGGUGAGAACAGGAAGCUGACUAUGUUAUUGUUGUGUAGGUGAAGAUCCUAGUGCAGGGUGAGAACAGGAAGCUGACUAUGUUGUUGUUGUGUAGGUGAAGAUCCUAGUGCAGGGUGAGAACAGGAAGCUGACUAUGUUGUUGUUGUGUAGGUGAAGAUCCUAGUGCUGGGUGAGAACAGGAAGCUGACUAUGUUGUUGUUGUUGUGUAGGUGAAGAUCCUAGUGCAGGGUGAGAACAGGAAGCUGACUAUGUUGUUGUGUAGGUGAAGAUCCUAGUGCAGGGUGAGAACAGGAAGCUGACUAUGUUGUUGUUGUUGUGUAGGUGAAGAUCCUAGUGCAGGGUGAGAACAGGAAGCUGACUAUGUUGUUGUGUAGGUGAAGAUCCUAGUGCAGGGUGAGAACAGGAAGCUGACUAUGUUGUUAUUGUGUAGGUGAAGAUCCUAGUGCAGGGUGAGAACAGGAAGCUGACUAUGUUGUUUUUGUGUAGGUGAAGAUCCUAGUGCAGGGUGAGAACAGGAAGCUGACUAUGUUGUUGUGUAGGUGAAGAUCCUAGUUCAGGGUGAGAACGGGAAGAUGCGUGGUGCGUUGGUGGGGAACCUGAAGAGUGCUGUGACUGCCUCCUUCCUUAUGCUGCCUGAGAGCUUCUCUGAAGAGGACCUGUUCCUGCAGAUCGCUGGGCUCUCCUACGCCGGUGACUAGACUUUAGUUACAUUUGAAUUAUUUAGGGCAACUUACCAUUACUUCAUUUUAAAUAAAGGAAACAAACACCUAUCACUACAAUCGAAAGUAAAACCUUUUUAAAGUAGCUGCUAUCUGCAAAGUCGAUGUUAAGCACAAUGACUUGUCCUCUUUCUCCUUACUCUGGUGAAUAGGCUAACGUUACUAAAGCUUACCGUAUGCUUCCCACUCCAAAUGUUGUUACGUUUUUGUUAGUUUUUGUGUUCGGCAACGUUCGGCAGGUUUUUAUUUUCCAGCUGUUCGAGCGCACUAAAAAAAACGUCUUGAGGCAAGCUGAAGUGCGGUAGCCGAAGUCUACUCCCCUUCUUCAGUGAUUGGUCCACAGUAGGGAUUCUUCAAUUAAGUGUUUGUUGUCGUUCAACGAGAGACCACAAGUUUUCAUGCAAAUUUUUUCACUUGGAAAAAUACUGCACCAAACAUCUUAGUUAGAUGUAAAAUUGCGCGACUAAGACCUCCUUAGCAAAAAAAAACGUCAACAUUAAUUACAGAUUUCUUGAUUUAUCUUAGAUUAAUUCUGACUAUUUUAAGGAAAUGUUAUGGCUAUGUUGUUGUUCGGCGACGAUGGUACGCUUUAACUCUAGCCCUAUGAUGCGUCCCGAUUCACCACCCUUCUCCCGACGUGUGUGUGCUUGAACACUUAAUUUAUAUGGAUUUAAAAAUGGUGGAAACUCCCUUCACCCAAUGCUAAAUAUAAAUAAUAAUAAUAUGCCAUUUAGCAGACGCUUUUAUCCAAAGCGACUUACAGUCAUGUGCGCAUACAUUUUUUACGUAUGGGUGGUCCCGGGGAUCGAACCCACUACCCUGGCGUUACAAGCGCCAUGCUCUACCAAUUGAGCUACAGAGGACCACACCAAUCAUAUGCUUUUAAAUCCAUGACAAGGAGUGAAAACACACACGUGAGAAGGGUGUAGAAUAUUGGUUAAUCCCCCCCCCCACUCUGUUAUUGGUUAUUAGUCUACUGUUCUGCUGUUUGGUUGGUUGUGAAACGGUCUGUUGUCCCGCCCCCAAGGAGAUUUCAGGAUGGUGAUUGGAGAAGACCGGUCGAAGGUGGCUAACAUUGUCAAGGAGAACGUGCAACAAUUCCGCAUUCUCUACAACAGCAUUCUGCAGGAGUGUCCUCAGGUGGUGUACAAGCCUCAACAGGGGAAGCUGGAGGUGAGAAACGUGUGUUUGCAAACAAGCCUCAACAGGGGAGGCAGGAGGCAACAGGAGGCCCGGCCUCCAUCCCAAUAGUGUUCAUAUGAUCAUGUUUAUACAUUCUAGGUCAGGGCUCUCCAACCCUGUUCAUGGAGAGCUACCCUCCUGUAGGUUUUAAUUCCAACCCUGUUCCUGGAGAGAUACCCUCCUGUAGGUUUUAAUUCCAACCCUGUUCCUGGAGAGCUACCCUCCUGUAGGUUUUAAUUCCAACCCUGUUCCUGGAGAGAAACCCUCCUGUAGUUUUAACUCCAACCCUGUUCCUGGAGAGCUACCCUCCUGUAGGUUUUAACUCCAACCUGUUCCUGGAGAGCUACCUCCUGUAGGUUUUAAUUCCAACCCUGUUCCUGGAGAGCUACCCUCCUGUAGGUUUAAUUCCAACCCUGUUCCCGGAGAGCUACCUCCUGUAGGUUUUAACUCCAACCCUGUUCCUGGAGAGCUACCCUACUGAAGGUUUUAAUUCCAACCCUGUUCCUGGAGAGCUACCCUCCUGUAGGUUUUAAUUCCAACCCUGUUCCUGGAGAGAUACCCUCCUGUAGGUUUUAACUCCAACCCUGUUCCUGGAGAGAUACCCUCCUGUAGGUUUUAACUCCAACCCUGUUCCUGGAGAGCUACCCUCCUGUAGGUUUACACUCCAACCCUGUUCCUGGAGAGAUACCCUCCUGUAGGUUUUAAUUCCAACCCUGUUCCUGGAGAGAUACCCUCCUGUAGGUUUUAAUUCCAACCCUGUUCAUGGAGAGCUACCCUCCUGUAGGUUUUAAUUCCAACCCUGUUCCUGUAGAGGUACCCUCCUGUAGGUUUUAACUCCAACCCUGUUCCUGGAGAGAUACCCUCCUGUAGGUUUUAAUUCCAACCCUGUUCCUGGAGAGAUACCCUCCUGUAGGUUUUAACUCCAACCCUGUUCCUGGAGAGAUACUGUCCUGUAGGUUUUAAUUCCAACCCUGUUCCUGGAGAGAUACCCUCCUGUAGGUUUUAAUUCCAACCCUGUUCCUGGAGAGAUACCCUCCUGUAGGUUUUAAACUCCAACCCUGUUCCUGGAGAGAUACUGUCCUGUAGGUUUUAAUUCCAACCCUGUUCAUGGAGAGAUACCCUCCUGUAGGUUUUAAUUCCAACCCUGUUCCUGGAGAGGUACCGUCCUGUAGGUUUUAACUCCAACUCUCUUCCUGGAGCUACUGUCCUGUAGGUUUUAACUCCAACCCUAAUCUAGCGCACCUGAUUCUAAUAAUCAGCUGGUUGAUGAGCUGAAUCAGGUUAGUUACAACUGGGGUUGGAGUUCAAACCUACGUACAGGAGGGUAGCUGUCCAGGAACAGGGUUGGAGAGCCCUGACCUUGGUAGAUAAGAUUAUGUAUAUGUGUGUGGAUGAUUCAGAUUGUUGGAAAAUUCAAUCACGCUACCGAAGUAAAAUUACGUUUAUGGUAACUUUUUGCACACCAGUGCUCUUUGGCAAAACGAAAAUGUAUGUACGUGUGUUGUAGUUGAGUAAGAGUCCGGAGGGUCAGUUUGUCCAGCUGAUGGCCCCUCCCCAGGACCAUAACCAGCAGAUGGCCCCUCCCCAGGACCCUAACCAGCUGAUGGCCCCUCCCCAGGAGCAUAACCAGCUGAUGGCCCCUCCCCAGGAGCUGAUGGCCCCUCCCCAGGACCAUAACCAGCUGAUGGCCCCUCCCCAGGACCAUAACCAGCUGAUGGCCCCUCCCCAGGACCAUAACCAGCUGAUGGCCCCUCCCCAGGACCCUAACCAGCUGAUGGCCCCUCCCCAGGAGCUGAUGGCCCCUCCCCAGGACCAUAACCAGCUGAUGGCCCCUCCCCAGGACCAUAACCAGCUGAUGGCCCCUCCCCAGGAGCUGAUGGCCCCUCUCCAGGACCCUAACCAGCUGAUGGCCCCUCCCCAGGACCAUAACCAGCUGAUGGCCCCUCUCCAGGACCAUAACGUGUGUGUGUGUGUGUUCUAGUGUAUAAUACGCUGUGUGUAAAAUGUAAAUCAAUCUCCCAGGUGGAUAAGAGUCCGGAGGGUCAGUUUGUCCAGCUGAUGGCCCUCCCCAGGACCCUGCAGCAGAGGAUCACACAGCUGGUGGACCCCCCAGGGAAGAACAGGGACGUGGAGGAGAUACUACUGCAGGUGGCCCAGGACCCAGACUGUGGCUCUGUGGUGCAGCAAGGUAGGUAGUCCAGUGGCUAUGGAGAUGGACCUGUAGCCAAUGGUCACCGGUUCUGGGCAAGGCGAUGAAACAAAGGGUGAAUCGGUCUGAUAGCUGGUGCUGCAAGGUACUGUGGGACCCAGACCAAUGAUGUACAGCGCCUUCGGAAAGUAUUCGGACCCCUUGACUUUUUCCACAUUUUGUUACGUUACAGCCUUAUUCUAAAAUGGAUUAAAUAAAAUAAAAAUAUCCUCAAAUCUACACACAAUACCCCAUAAUGACAAAGCGAAAACAGGCUUUUAGAAUUUUUUUCACAUUUAUAAAAAAUUUAAAACAGAUACCUUAUUUACAUAAGUAUUCAGACCCUUUGCUAUGAGACUUGAAAUUGAGCUCAGGUGCAUCCUGUUUCCAUUGAUCAUCCUUGAGAUGUUUCUACAACUUGAUUGGAGUCCACCUGUGGUAAAUUCAAUUGAUUGGACAUGAUUUGGAAAGGCACACACCUGUUUAUAUAAGGUCCCACAGUUGACAAUGCAUGUCAGAGCAAAAACUAAGCCAUGAGGUCGAAGGAAUUGUCCGUAGAGCUCCGAGACAGGAUUGUGUCGAGGCACAGAUCUGGGGAAGGGUACUAAAAGAUUUCUGCAGCAUUGAAGUUCCCCAAGAACACAGUGGCCUCCAUUCUUAAAUGGAAGAAGUUUAGAACCACCAAGACUCUUCCUAGAGCUGGCCAUCCGGCCAAACUGAGCAAUCGGGGGGGAAGGGCCUUGGUCAGGGAGGUGACCAAGAACCCGAUGGUCACUCUGACAGAGCUCUAGAGUUCCUCUGUGGAGAUGGGAGAACCUUCCAGAAAGACAACCAUCUCUGCAGCACUCCACCAAUCAGGCCUUACAUUUUUACAUUUUACAUUUUUGUCAUUUAGCAGACGCUCUUAUCCAGAGCGACUUACAAAUUGGUGCAUUCACCUUAUGAUAGCCAGUGGGACAACCACUUUACUAUAUAUAUAUUAUUUCUUUAUUUUUUUUUGGGGGGGGUGGGGUAGAAGGAUUACUUUUAUCCUAUCCCAGGUAUUCCUUAAAGAGGUGGGGUUUCAAGUGUCUCCGGAAGGUGGUGAGUGACUCCGCUGUCCUGGCGUCGUGAGGGAGCUUGUUCCACCAUUGGGGUGCCAGAGCAGCGAACAGUUUUGACUGGGCUGAGCGGGAAUUGUGCUUCCGCAGAGGUAGGGGGGCCAGCAGGCCAGAGGUGGAUGAACGCAAUGCCCUCGUUUGGGUGUAGGGACUGAUCAGAGCCUGAAGGUACAGUGGCCAGACGGAAGCCACUCCACAGUUAAAGGCACAUGCCAGCCCGCUUGGAGUUUGCCAAAACGCACUCAGACCAUGAGAAACAAGAUUCUCUGUUCUGAUGAAACCAAGAUUGAACUCUUUGGCCUGAAUGCCAAGCGUCACGUCUGAAGGAAACCUGCCACCAUCCCUACGGUGAAGCAUGGUGGUGUGGGGAUUUCUUUCAGCGGCAUGGACUGGGAGACUAGUCAGGAUUGAGGGAAAGAUGAACGGAGCAAAGUACAGAGAGAUCCUUGAUGGAAAACGUGCUCAGGACCUCAGACUGGGGCGACGGUUAAUCUUCCAAACAGAACAACGACCCUAAACACAUAGCCAAGACAACGCAGGAGUGGCUUCGGGACAAGUCUCUGAAUGUCCUUGAGUGGCCCAGCCAGAGGCCGGGCUUGAAACCCGAUCGAACAUCUCUGGAGAGACCUGAAAAUAGCUGUGCAGCGACGCUCCCCAUCCAACCUGAGAGGAUCUGCAGAGAAGAAUGGGAGAAACUCCCCAAAUACAGGUGUGCCAAGCUUGUAGCGUCAUACCCAAGAAGACUCGAGGCUGUAAUCGCUGCCAAAGGUGCUUCAACAAAGUACUGAGUAAAGGGUCUGAAUACUUAUGUAAAUGUGAUAUUUCCAUGUUAUAGUUUUUUAUUGUAGUGGGGCCAAUGACAUUAAUCUCACAAAAACAAUUAUUAUUUUAUUUGUUAUGUUUAGCGCACAUAAUAUAAUUAUGAAGUAUGCAUCUGUGAUAGAAUAAACAUGGCAUAAAUUAAUCUAGACAUUAAAAAGAAAAAUCCAUCCAAAACCACUAAUUCCUAUAAUUUAGUGUUACAUAACACUAAUAUGUGAGAACAAUAUUAUUUGUGAACAUUUUGUCGUUUAUAAUAAGGUUGGUAACAACAUGUGGAAAUCUGUUGCGGCUCAAGUCUACUACAAAUCCCACAAUGCAAUGCUUUCUCUCUGGGCUGGCUAGCUAGCUAGGUAGCAAACGUAGCUACCCACAACAACACCAAAGUCAAUAUCAGCAUGUGAAGGAGCUAGUUAUUUAUAAACAAACUGCACUAUCUAUUUAGGAGUCUACAAUCUCACUUACGUUCAACCUGCAGAUCGAUGUGCCUCACAGAGUGGAGUCUGACAUUCGCAACGGCACCAUGCAAUGCAACGGCACCAUGCGGUCUAAGGCACUGCAUCUCAGUGCUUGAGGCGUCACUACAGACCCCCUGGUUCGAAUCCAGGCUCUGUCUCAUGAGUCUCAUUGACCGGGAGACUCAUGGGCGGCGCACAAUUGGCCCAGCGUCGUCCAGGGUAGGGGAGGGAAUGGCCGGCAGGGAUGUAGCUCAGUUGAUAGAGCAUGGCGUUUGCAACGCCAGGGUUGUGGGUUCGAUUCCCACGGGGGGCCAGUAUUAAAAAAAUAUGUAUUCACUAACUGUAAGUCGCUCUGGAUAAGAGCGUCAGCUAAAUGACUAAAAUGUAAAUGUAAAUGUACAACCGGCCGUGAUUGGGAGUCCCAUAGGGCGGCGCACAAUUGGCCCAGUGUCGUCCGGGUUUGGCCGGUGUAGGCCGUCAUUGUAAAUAAGAAUUUGUUCUUAACUGACUAAAGGUUAAAAAAAAAUCAAAUAAAAAUACACCCUAGGCAGACAAAUCGGAGAAAUGUGUUAGACCCUUUUGUUAAAUUAUAUAUUUGCGAUCUAAAAGUUGUAUUCCUAUUGACUUGAGAUAUCAAUAAGACUAUUUUUCUGUCAGUUCUGCAUUGAUAUCAAUGUGAGGUUACUCUUUCAUCCAGCUCUCCAGUCAGCACUCGGUUGAAGUUUAUCACAACGCUACGUCAUACUGGCCAAAUUUCUGCCUGCUUGAACGGCAAUAGCUCAGAUACACAUGAAAUGACCCAAGGAAUCGAUAGAACAUCUGCUCAGAGAUGCACAAAAACAAUAGAAUAUUCAAAAAGGGUGAAUCUUUACUUUAAUAAAUGCAUGCUUCCAAAUAUUUUUUUGCGAUGGUAAAGGGAGUGUCAAGAUGGAGGCGUGGAGGCUUCAACACAGCGCCCCCUACCAGUCAUCUGGUGUAUAUAUAAAUCAUUGACCCAGACUCAUCUCUUUCCUUCUGUUUCUUUUCUACAGGAAUAUCAUCAAUAGUGAAGUCUUCAAGCAUAACUCAGACUGCCAAAGGAAUCGCCACGGCCGGUAAAUAAUUAUUAGUUCGCCUUUUUUAUGAUUUUUAUAUUUAAUUAAUUGAGGAUAUCAACACUAAUUCCAUAUGUGAAAACCUACAGUGCAGAUGUACAGGUUUACCUGACCGUUCUCCUCGUGCAGGUCUGCUGAAGUCCGUGUCCUACAGCGCCAAGAAGCUCCAGAAGAUGUGGAAGGGCUGGAGAAGGAAGACGCCCUGAUCCCUUUCUACCUGGAUGAAACUAAUGUACCAACUUGAUCCCUUGGGAUCAUUGUUCAGGAGGAUGGAAAAUUACAGAAAGUUUAAGAUAUAAAUGUGUUGUGUAAAACAGAUACGAUUGUCUAUCAUGCACAAUAGGGAAUUGUCUCUGCUCAUUUUAUUACAUUUUAAUCUGCAACGUUGUGAAUGUUUCACC